UGUGAUUUUGUUCUACUUCGAAGUAACAAGAAUAUGUUUUAACAUCGAUUUUCGCAUACUUGAGUUCUUCAACAGUUAAAAUAUAAGAAAUGCCAGCACGGGAAGCGCCAUGUAUGGAACUCGGUUCAGCUCCACGGACUCCGAGUAUUAUCGCUUCUCCCUCACCCUCGGAGAUAUCAAGUGCGAGUUCUCCAGAACCACCGAAUGUUCGCACGACACCUUUGUUCAGGGCUUUAGCAAUGCCUCCUCCAGAACCGGAACAACCACGAGGACAAGACGAACUAGAACGUAGGUUACCUGGCUACAGACGCAUCGUCAUACCCAGGGAACUAACGCUGAUUGAAUUAUUGAAAGAGUGUAGUGGCGUAACGACUGAUGAAGAAGUGUUGAGGAUCCGCGAAGCAAAACUGCGCGUGGUGGCGGAGCGUGUAGGACUGCGGAGGCUGCAUGUGCUCGUGCCGCGGCUGCGAUCGCUAACUUUAGAUGGAAGCGCAAUUUUAUCAUUACGAGAACUUGGUAUUGGAUUAGACCAUUUAAAGAUACUUAGUGUGAAUCGCUGCGGCUUGACGUCACUGGACGGCGUGUGGGGUGUCGGUCAACUUCGGGAGCUGCACGCGGCGGGGAACCGCAUCCGUGACCUUCAUCCAUUGGCAGUGCUGCAGAAACUUCAUACGCUCAAUCUAUCCAAUAAUCCAAUAACGGUGGCGAGUCGUGUAUGGACGUUGGGAGUGUGCAGUUCAUUGCGUCGUUUAUUUCUGAACGGGACUCCGUUUUCUCAAUCGACCGAUUAUCGAUCGACAAUAGCUUCGACGCUAUCCAUGCUCACCUCUUUAGAUGACCAGCCUCUGCAUACGGAUGUUAACAACGAAGACUAUGUGGAACAUUUGGGUAACUCAUCAGACUCAGAAAGCGAUCGAGAACAUUCUGAAGAACAAAAGGAAACCGAGACAGACUUUGCAAUCGCUGGAACAUCGUCACAGUCACAAAUAAAUAAGGAAUCUCAAGAAGAAUGGAUGUCCACAUCUUUUGGCGAGAUUCCACGAUCUUGUAUACAAAGAAGACGUCCAGCGACUACGGAGAACGCAGGUUGUCGACCAGAGAGAGUAGAGCUGCCUCGAAGACCGCGCACCGCUGUCGACCGCCCGACCAUAGACGCGCCGACGCGGUUACAGAUAAUGAAUACGUUGAUGGAUGCGGAAUGGCGAAGCUGCGGUAGUAAAAUGACUUCGAAAGGCGCGGUUUGUGGUAAUUUAGCCAAUGCCUUGCGCAGACCGGCACAUUCCAUACAAGAGGAAUCGGAAAGACAAAUAGAAACAGUUGAGCGUACAAUGGAGGACGCCUGCCGUUUCGUUGCUGCAGAAAUACCUCGUGCGCCGUGUCAAGAGGCGUGGCUCAAGUUUACAGAAGAAACCGGAAUUGAAAUCGAUAUUAAUUUUAAUGAGCGACCUCAAAGUGUGGAUCCAUCAAAAGCUUUGGAUCGUUUGGAACGCAUCGAGAGGGAGACUUCUGAACGUUUGAAGGAAGCGUCAAAAAAUAACAAUCCUUGGAUAUCAGAUGCAUUCAAAAUGUUGUCAACAAGCAAUGCACUUUAUUGGCGGGAAACAGAACAAUUUUCAUCGAUUUCAAACACACACAGCGAUGUCGAUUCUGUAAUUAGUGACAAUGGCGGCAAUCCUCUUGAUUAA